UCAGGUGAUCCUCACAGAAACUGCUUUCAACUGGACGUUAGCUAGGGGUUGAAGGAGAUCGUCGGGUAGAAUGGCUGGCGCCAGGAUGGAUCGGAAGAUCACUCUAUACAUCUGCGUCUGGAUGUUGACGGUGGUCACGCUGAGGUGUCAGCCAACCAGUCAUGAGAACGCAGAGGUGGAGGGAAACUCCGAAGAUUCUGUUAUCGACGACACGACCGAGGAUUAUUGGGCAGGCAGUGGAUCGGGACCCGACGAGGAUGAGACCUCCUCCUCUCACAACGAAACCAGAGAAGCGUUAACUCACGAGGCCAGCGACCACGAUACUGUCGUGUACAUUGGCGAUGGCGGUAAUUACGUGCCAGUUCCUUCAUUGAAGAAUCGACCGUUGAAUCCGAAUCUUCAAGCUCUUCAAACUCUUCAAGGCUUGCAGGGCCUUUCUGGAAACGGAGGUACAGGAGUAAUCGGUGAUGAAGACUGGAGGAGACAUCCAGAAACCUGGGAUCGCGAACACCGAAGAUACAGGCCCAAUACGACGAGAGUGCAACAUAUCGAGGCGGAAUGUCAAGACGAUUACAUGAAAAUCAGGAUCGGAUUCAACGGAUCUUUCGCCGGCCUCUUGUAUUCAGCAGGCUACUCGUACGAUCCCGAUUGCAUGUACGUUAAUGGGACGGGCCGAGACUACUACGAGUUCUACAUUCAGUUGAAUCGGUGCGGCACCCUCGGCGAGAACACUCAUCAUCAGGACAGCAGGAAGAAUCCGACGAAAAAUCUUAUGUGGAACACGGUCACAGUGCAGUACAAUCCAUUAAUAGAGGAGGAGUUCGACGAACACUUCAAGGUGACUUGCGAGUACGGCUAUGACUUUUGGAAGACGGUGACAUUUCCUUUUCUCGAUGUCGAGGUCGCCACGGGAAAUCCCGUAGUCUUCACCCUGCAGCCUCCGGAGUGCUACAUGGAAAUCAGAUACGGUUACGGGACCACUGGAACUAGAGUGGCUGGACCAGUUCGCGUCGGAGAUCCCCUGACUCUCAUUAUCUACAUGCGCAGCAAAUACGAUGGUUUUGAUAUCGUCGUAAAUGACUGCUACGCUCAUAAUGGCGGAAACAAAAGGAUUCAACUGAUCGAUCAAUACGGAUGUCCGGUUGAUGACAAACUAAUCAGCCGGUUUCGUGGUUCAUGGUCGGAGAGUGGCCUGUUCGAGACGCAAGUUUUUGCUUAUAUGAAGACCUUCAGGUUCACGGGAUCGCCGGCUCUGUAUAUCGAAUGCGAUGUUCGCAUGUGCCACGGAAGAUGUCCGAGCCAACCUUGCCAUUGGAGGAACGCGAAGAAUGUGGUGAAGCGGUCAGUGUCGGAAAUCGAUGGACCAUCGACGCCAGCAUCUAGUUUGUCGGAGAACGUGAAUCUCUUCCAGUCUCUUCGUGUUCUUCAGGAAUUGCAUGAGGCAUUAGAAUUAUUAUAAUUACAAUCUUUUUAAAUUUGCAUUUUUUUUUACACAGGAUUUAGCGAGCCUACGACUGACAGAGUAUGUUUGAGAUCUACAGUGGCCAGUACAAUAGUGGGACUCGGCUGUGGUUUCUUCUGUAUCAUGGCCGGUAUGAUACUAGCCAUGUGUUCGCGAAUGCGACGACAAGCGCGAGAAAAAUUAUUGUCGGACAGUAUAAGCUAUAUGACGCACCAAGGUCGAAUCAACUAGGGUAACAUUUUUAGCAUGGAGAGAUCUAUUUCUUCUCGCUUCAUCUCAAUCGGUUGCGAUAUCCUCGUAUCUUUCGCAGCAAAUGGAGCUGGCUAAGAAACUGCUCCGCCGGUAAUAUAAGAAUGCGUCGUUAAAAUAGGAAAUGGUCGAUAUAAAUGACUGAACUUCAAGUUACUGAUAAGUUGACAUUGAUAAAAAUGCGAUUAAAACGCGGUGAUAAAUUUAUUGUUUUUAUAAAUCGGAAGAAUAUCAGAUUUGUAAACAAGAGUUUGGGAAGAGUCUUUUUACAUACUCUAUUCUUCUCUCAAUUAACUUCUUAAGGUAAGCAUGGGAUUGAUACAAUGCGAAGUGCCUUAUGUAUUUUGAUAGUCGUCGAUAAUUCAGGCUCCCAUGGAUAUAAUAGGUCUCAUCGAUUCAUUGUGUGCGAAUGCUUUUUUACAUAAAUAAUAUUCGCUGCUAUACUCUCGCUUCUUUUAAUUAUUGAAGUGUUAAUCGAUACUCAUUCGUCAAUUGAUGUAUAU